ACUUCAGUCGGAAUCUUUCUGUACAGUUGUACGUUUGCAAUGUAAAAGUGUGUUGGACAAUUUCAGUCAGCCAUGGUCUGCAGAAUGUUGUGCAUAAAUGUGAUGGUAUUGCUGGCUGUCUCUACUGUGUGCUGGGGUAACAACAGGACAUUCAUAUCUGAGCAUUGUUAUCCACACGAACAGCUUCUGAAUCGCAAGUAUAGCAGCAACGAAGACACGUUCUAUGUGUUUCGCACCAAAGUGUCGCAAUCCACUUGGGCUAUUUCUUACGGGCUGGAGUACUCUGUUCUGUAUCAGUUCUACGAAGGGUGUCCGUUACAAUUAUCUAAGGUACGCGUAUGGUACGUGGGGACCUGCACUAUUAACGUUACGCUGACAGAGAUGAAAUUUGGGACUCAGCAUAUGCGGAGCCUGGUCGCAUACACCAAUUCAUCAUCGGGUGAAAAGCAACUCCAGAUUAAAGAGAAAAUUCGCUUCGUGUCCGAGGAUGGUGUUCGUGUGGAUGUGCGUCGCACAAAUGCCAGGGAUUACUGUCAAAUCGAGUCCAAUGGGCUGGGUGAACCGCGUGUCGCUGUUAUGUUAGUAGGUGUCAAUUCAACAUCGCAACCACUGACCACAUUGUCUCGGGAAUAUCGAGCCUCACCCACUACAAGAUCAUCUGAACUCGGAACAACGGCUAUGCAGGAUACACAACGAUCACUAUUGAUUAUCAUCGUAGCUGCGUCGCUAGCUGGAAUUAUCACUAUUGCUAUCAUCAUCUGUACAGCAUGUUAUGCACUGAAACGUCGUAAACGAGAUACAAAGGACAGAAAGCAGCCGGCCAAUGCCAUGCGCUAUGUGAAUACUAACCGGUGUACCAGUAAUCACUGCGAUCAAGACAACCACUAUGAUGUACAGCCAUACCACGUGAGCGCUGUCCAGUCUCAACACGUGCAGGCACAGCAGCAGACAGUUAACACAUGCGUACAGGAUGGCGAAUACACGCCCAUGGCAAGUAACCGUGAUUGUGGCACUGUUGCUCAUGAUAGUGGGUACUACUACACCAUGAAGGCAUCUAAUCACCACUAUGAGGUGUCAGAGGGCGAUCACGUCCCACGAAAAAAAGAGACAGGCUAACAUUACGUGGAUGUAUUGUAAAAACUUGAGAUAGGCGAAAUAUAUGUACGAUGAUAUGUAUUAUUAUUUCUUCUACAUUCGACAGCAGCAGUUAUCCGAAGAAGUGAUAGGAGCCUCAUGGCCCACCUACAUGUACAUGUAGAUGUAUUUUGAGUAUUUUACCCCCUUCCAUACACAUGUUAUCUUCCCCACCCUGUUCUUGUGUGCGUUAAUCUCGUAAUGGCUAUAAU